UGGGAUGGUUUGACCUGGAAGGAACUAUGAAAACUAGGGCGGGACAGAAGGCCGGCAAGGAAAGUCCGGAUAACAGUGUGGCAGGCGAGCCCAGCAGCUUCGAGGGCGGCCUUAAGCAGAUAGUGUCGUCCCUCGCACGAGCACUAAACAAAAAUCAAGGCUAUCUGGCGGACGCCAAGAAAAAGCUGACUUUCGAUGGAGCAAACAUCACGAAGUUCCUGAUUGACUACGAGAACCUAGCUGCGUUACCAAAGUGGACCGAGGAGGAAAAAAUGGACCAUCUAGGACAGCAUGUGUCGUUAAGCCUAGGACGGGACAUAAUGGUCAUUGUAGCCGAAAGCCGGUCUUGGAAGGAGACCCGUGAUGUGAUGAUGAGGAAGUACAUAGCGGAAGAGAAAAUGGCAACGGAGGUCGACCUAGCAGCAAUUCAGAGCAAGAGCUUCGCAACGUACAAUGAUUUCCUACGGGAAUUUACUCUGGUAGCACUAAGGAUCCCUGGGGUCACAGAUCGGAUAAUGAGCAAAUAUUUCCUCAGGCAGUUCUCCGAGUUCGACAAAGACAAGAUCCUGUCAGCCUACCAACAGACGAGCAAGUUCGUAAACACGCGGGAUGUUGAUUUUAGCACGGUAAUGGAUCUGGCUGAGAAAACGGUAGUAACGGAGACGUUGGCCUUGCUCAAGGAAGGAGAGAUCAUAGAUCUGACCGGUAGGACGGGCGACAAGAAAAAGAAGGGGAUUGAAAGUCUACAUGAAUGGGUACACGGGGCCGACAAUAAGAUUGAAAGGAUGGAAGGCGCGCUACUGGUUAUGCAAGCGCAAGUAUCCCGACCUGCCCUCCCUCCCCAGGAAGCUGUGGUCCCGCCAGGUGUAGCAAACCGGGGAUUCAGACGGAGAGAUCUUGCUAACGAGCAAUGCAAGUACUGCACCGCGAUAGGACAUUAUGUGCGCGCAUACCCAAAGCUCAACCAUGAUAUUCUGAAAAGAAGGUGUAUCAGGUCAUUAAAGGGGGGGAUAUUUGGACCACAAGGGGAACGGGUGAACUGGAACUCACCAGGAGGGAUGCGGCGAGCCAUUAUCAUGCUCAACGAGUUAGAAAUAACUGCCGUAGAAGCCGAACCGGUGGGUGAGAUCAUCUGGGAUCAACUCCGGGGGCGCAAACCGCAGACCAACUUUAUUUUGGAAAGCGACGGACGUGAUAGGGUGAACACAACCACUCGACUAGGAACGGCCGGGAGAAGGAUUAACCGUGACACCAUUAUAGAGGAGGUUGCUGGAAGCUCCGAACCCCAGGCAGAGCCUGAGGCCGAGGAACCAGAGAAAGUCUAUGUGAAGCCUAUGAAAGAGGAGCCUGCGGACAAGGCUACCGCCGCUAAGAAGAAGUUUAGGUAUCAAAUCCCAAUCUUGACCUUGCCUGAGCUCGAUGACACUAUUAGCAAGUUACUAGGAACCAUGGUGUCGGUGUCUUUUCAGACCAUGCUGCAGGCUAGCUCUAGGUUUCUCAAGGGACUCAGACAACUGUUGACUCGGAGGCGAGUAGAAAUAGGCGACAACCCCGAAGUACCAGAAGGGGUGAGGGAGGAGGAAGCUCCGCAAGAAGUGACUAACCUUCAGAGGAGUCACGGGGACUUGGAGGAUCUCGAAAAGGUCUUUGCAGACAUUCGUUUGAGCUUGUCCGACCGAGAGGGCGGCGAAGUCAUGAGAUCGCCACCCGGGACGAAGCUUAGCUUUCAAGCGCUGCCCGUAGGAAAGCUGGAAAUCCAGAUCGGAAAUCGUCAUACCGACGCAUUAGUAGACGGGGGAGCACAAAUCACGCUCAUAAGAAGAGAUUUCGCAACGAUCACAGGAUGUACGGUAAACAAGGAAGUAACAGGGAGCAUCCGGGGAGCUAGCGGGGAAAUCCCGUUCGCUGGGAGAAGUAACAGACCUCCACCGAGCGAAGAUGAACUCCUUCGUUGCGGAGCCUACGACAUCGCCAUAACAAAUCGAUGGUUCGUCUUUCGGAAGCCAAACAAGACACUAAGGUGGAUUCAUGACCUGCAGAAGUUGAAUGCGGUAACCAUCCGGGAUGUUGGCUCGCUACCUCAGGCUGACUUAUUAGCAAAAUCGCACGCCAGUCGGAGCAUUUACUCCCUAAUAGAUCUGUACUCAGGGUAUGACCAGCUUCCAUUGGAUGUUCGAGACAGGCCAUACACCGCUAUGCACACCCCCGUAGGCCAGCUACAGAUGCAGGUGACACCUAUGGGAUUCACAAACGCGGUGGUCGAAGCGCAACGCAGGAUGCUCGCCGUGGCCGGGGACAUGUUUCCAGAAAAAUGUGAACCUUACAUCGAUGACAAUCCCAUCAAAGGCGUGCAGGAAAAGGACGAGACGGAAGUCCAGCCAGGGAUCCGACGUUUUGUGUGGGACCACCUGCAGGACAUCAAGGACUUACUCCGUCGGUUCCUAGUAUACAACAUUACGGUUAGUGGACCAAAGAGUAUUCUAGCAGUACCAGAGGUAACUAUACUAGGAUUUCGUUGCGACACCACUUCGCACGACGACGGAGAACGGCGGUACUCGCAAUUCAAGAAGGAAGUCCUAGUCAUCCUGCAUUGCCUUAAGACCUUUCAGGCCUACCUAUUUGGGAGGCGGUUCAUCUUAAGGAUCGAUCCGACGAAUGUCGCAGGGGAUCUGAAGAAUUACAGGCCUAUAGAUCCGACGGUAGGGAGAUGGGUAGGAUUCAUCUGGCAGUUCGAUUACAAGAUCGAACGGAUUGCUGGAAUCCGCAACAAGGCAUAUGGGCUGAGUCGGGUUUGCAUCACUUCCGAAGGGAUGGAGGAUGCAGAGCCCAUAGACGCCUUUCUCGAAUACGAAGGAGGAACUCUUGCGGUGGACAACGAAAUGAUGAGCGGAGAAUGCACAUCGGAAGAACUAUUGAUCCAUACUUUGGAGAAGGGGGCACCUGCCGUAGUAGCAGAACUAACAGAAGGACCAGUCACCACUCGGGGACACAAAGAAGAAAAUGACUCAUGGGGAGCGAUAGUAGGACCGAGAGAGGAGCUAAUAGCAAUGGUGGUCGAAGGAGGCCGGGAAGCAGUGAUGAGCUUAGUAGAAUCUUGGGAAAGGAAAGAAUUGCAAUGGGUGGUAAAUCAGAUGCGGGAAGGAAAGGAUGGGGGCAAGGAAGGAGAGGAGUUUUUCUAUGUCCAAUCAUACGAAGGGCUCUUUCGGGAGAUUGGGUUGUUGUUGGUAGGAAACAAACAACCUACGAAAGUCAGUAUUAAGGCAAGAGAAGAAGCCGAAAGGUACGUCCUAAGGGGCGAGCAUUUGUUCCGAAGGGAGGAAGGUGCUAUGCCCAGAAGGGUUGUGUGCGGAAGAUCUAGGCAAGUAGACGUUAUCAAGGCAAUGCACGACGGGUUAGCCGGAGGUCAUCGGUCGUCCAAAGGAACACUUGCAAAGAUAACUCCGCUCUAUUAUUGGUCAGGCAUGGCAGGCAUGGUCGCCAUAAGCUACCAGACUUGCCUUAUUUGCCAAGAACAAAGCUCGGUACGAGUCUUCGAGCCGCUUAGACCAAUGCGGGUGCUAGGGCCGGGACAUCUAGUCCACCUCGACCUUGCGGUCGUGCCUAUAUCAACGGAUGGGUACAGGUAUAUCCUAGAUGCGCGAGACAACUUUAGUGGGUUCGUAGAGGCAGUCGCCCUCAAGAAAAAGACAGGGAGGAGUGUGGCGGACUGGAUAGAAAACUUCUACUUAAGGCAUCCAUUCGUCAGGAGGUUUAUAGCAGACAAUGAGAUGGAGUUUGUGAACCAAAAAGUAUUGGGGAUGCUUAAGAGACUCUGUGUACCGAUCAAACUCAUCGAGCCGUAUCACCCUGAGGCCAAUGCACCUGUGGAAAGGGAGCACCGAACCUUGAAGAACACGAUUGCAAAGCUCGCAGCAGACCAUCUGGGGAAUUGGCCUAGGUAUCUUAAGCAGGCUGUCUUUGCAGAUAAUAUGACUCCUAAAAGGACAACAGGGUGUAUCCCGACAGACCUUUGGUACGGAAGAGAGAUCGACUUUCCUGUGGAAGCCUUGGUACCUACUUGAAACAGGUUAGAUGAUGAUCCGCAAAUGACCACUGAAGAAUUAAUCGAGGCAAGAUGUCAACAAAUUCUUAAGAAUGAG